AAAUUACACUUGUAAUAAAGGUAUGAUCUUUUACAAUAUUUCUAACCCUAACCCGUACUAUUAGUUAUUAACUAGUUAUUAACUAGUUAGUAGCUAGUCCUAGAUUAGUUAUAAAGUACUCUCUAACCCUUAUUAAAUAUACUCCCUAGUCCCCUAAUCUAAACCCUUACCCCCUAACCUGACCCCCUAAUCCUAAUACACCUCUAUUACAAGUCUGUAAUUUAAGAUCUUACGUAACUUUUUAAAGUUUCGCCCAGCCGAGUUAAGCGCAGGGGUCAGAUGAUCUGUAGCUCUCCUCUCAGUUCACCAUCUCUUGUUCGUCCUUUCCAAGGUUGGUUACGGAUUUCUCACUUUCUACUCCCAGGAUGAAAUCGAGCGCCCUCCCUCAACUUCAACCAAGACGCGACAGUUGUUCGAGCUUGACUUCCCACAGUCCGAUGUCAAUCUACAGAGCCUUUGCCAUCCAACCAGCUGAUUUCAGUCGGCCUCUUGAGUCCGGUGCUUGUCGUUAACCAUGGAUACAACCCGGGGCGUGCAUAUUCUGGAGGCAGAAUUCUUCAGCGACGCGCGGGUUGAGUUGCUGCGUGAACUUGACAGCCUUUUUAACGAACGGCCUGUUUCAAGAGAGCUGUGGGCUUUCUUAUGGCUAGCGGACCUUGAUAAGCUGAAAGAACUCGUUGCAAAGGUACGAGACGACGACGCUAGGGAUCAGUACAUUAUCCUGGAUGCGCUUGUAAGGCAAGGGCAGAUGGUGAAAUACUGGACCCAGAAAAGCCAGCAGUCCUCUGCAGCAUCAACUCCCCGCUCAUCUUCGCCUGCCCCUGCCCAGUCCCCAAAAAGCACUCCUAAUAGCCCGAAUCCACGCAGGCUUAAACGCAAGUUAGGAGAGAUUACUAGAUCAUCAGACGAAGCUGAAAAGUGCCGCGAACGCGAUAGCAAGAAGUGCAUCAUUACCGGCGCCGGUAGACCAAUAGAGGUGGCCCACAUCUUCCCAUUCUCAAUGCGAUAUGCCCAAUCACCCGAGGCAAGCAACGACAUUUAUAGCCCCUGGAGGGUUUUAAGGCGUUUCUGGACCGAGGAUAAGGUCGACGAAUGGUUUCGAGCCAUCCAACCCACUACUGAGACUGUGACGAAUAUGCUCUGCCUUGCACCCCAUGUCCACAAAUAUCACGAGAAGGCCUAUUUUGCUUUGAAGCCAGUUGAGGUCAGCGAAGACAGGACUCAACUCAAGCUUCGCCUUUACUGGCUGCCUCGUGUCGACACCCCGUCAGCUAUGCGAGUCUCAGCAAAACCCGACGUUCCAGCGAUUAAUGACCGCAGAUGGGUUGGAGAGCGCGGGGCCCAAGCGGUCGAUAAGGUCAAGCUGUACAAUGUGGACACUGAUCUAAGGAUUUGUAGUGGUGAUCUCAUUGUGAUCAAAACCGCCAACGCGGAUACUCAUCCGCUGCCAGAUUUGGCGCUUCUUCAAAUGCAAUGGGUGCUUCAGGCGGUAACAGCCCUGGCCGGCGGAGCGGAGCCGCUUGACCAAGAAGACAACUCCGAUGAUGAAUCCCCAGAUUUGGCCAUGGACGUCUAUGCUAGUGAGGAUGAAACUAUGUCGGAACUAUCACUCUCACCCCACCCGCCUCUAGGUGUUCUUGAUACCCAGCUCCAGCCUACCCUCAUAACCUCUUAA